GGCGCGAAUUCAUGCAGCGAGAAGUCGCUGGCGACUUUCCCCCUCUACGUAGACCUUUCCCCCUCUACGUAGACAUUGUGUAGUAGAGCGACAAGUCGUCGGAAGUUCGUCCUGUCUGAACAGCAUCGACAAGUCGACACAUCGCGCCUUUCAAUAUGAAUAAUCGCACGGAUUUCGAGUCAACUGAAUUGACUGUAUUAUAUACCUGCAGUAUAUGCGAAACAACUUCCCUAGUAGCACAGUGCAUUGGGCAAACAUUGGUUAAACAUUGGCCCAAUAUAACCAAAUAUUGGGCCAAUGUUUAUCCAAUGCAUUGUGCUACUAGGGUUGUAGCUCUGAUGAGAUUAAAAAUCAUCCCUGCUUGAGAGGAUUUACGAGACACUUCGUAGACCAAAAUUAUUAUUUCCAUCCGCAGUGCGAUGAUGGAUCGAUUAUUAGAAAAAGUCUUGUUGGAGGACAAGAGGUUCUCGUCGAAGAACAAGCCGAGCAGGAUGAAGCCGAUCAGCUAAUGGUGGUGGAUACAAACAUCGAGGGUGACUGUUCGAACAGCAAUGAUUGUCCGAUGAACCUAUUAGAGAGGAAAAUACGCAAUGAGGAAAUUCUUAUAGAGGAAGUACGGAAACGACCACCUCUUUGGAACUUUAAAUUGCACAUUUCCGAAAGGGGCGCCCGUACUAAGGAGAAGCUGUGGGAAGAGAUUGCUGUUAACAUGAAAGGAGAAAUGACUGUAGGUCAGAUCAAAAAGAAGUGGAAGUCAUUGUCUGAUAUGUUCAGGAGACAACGCAAAAUUCACAAUCAGAUAUUGGUAUGACAUUGAUACCAUCGAAUCACCAGAUGCAAGAUAUCUGAAACAAUGAAAGCAUAGAAGCAAACACUAUAACAAAUUUUUGUACUAUUACUUAUUAUGUGUAAUAAAACGUAACAAACCUUAAUGU